GUGGGAAAGAUGGACUCACUUAUUGCAUGAAUUGAGGACAGACAAGAGAGACUCAAAAUUCCGAUUGCUAAGGCGUAUUAAGAACAACACUCUAAUAACAACCGUUGAAAUACUACGGUGGUUCCAAAGGCAUGAAGUCCUUCUCGGCUCCGAGAUUUGGUCUUCUUCGAAAAACGCUGAUGGCUUUAAGCAUGCAAGAUCCUCGGAUGAAAGUCGUUAUCGCCGGCCCAGACGGUGCUGGAAAGUCUUGUCUUCUAUCCUUUCUAAAGAAAACAAUGGAGGAUCGCUUUAAUAGUGUAAUGUCUGUCAUGGUUGAAGCUCCACUGAUGCUCAGGAUGGAGACACGUUCAAAAGAGUCCAAAUAUGCUAAGGUCUUUGAAUUUUGGGAAGACUCUAAAAUUACGAAAGUUUUCUGCCGCUAUUAGGUGUCAUGUAUGGUUAUGUUGAUAUCGCCCUGAUUUGCUAUGCACUAGACGAGAUGAUCUGGGGCAACCCUGACGGGGCAUGGGAAGUGCUAAAUAUGAGGCUGUGGGAUGCAAUAGGUGGUAUGGAAGUAUCCGAUAGGAGAUUGAAAUCACGAAAGAACCCCACGGUAUUUCUGGUCGGAUGUCGAGGUGAUUUAUUGGAUGACAACUCUGCGCUUGUGGGUCAAUUGAAGAUUGCCCAAUGGCGUCAAAAUAUUACAAGUUUUAUCGCCGAGAAUGGUUUAC